CAUCGCAAGCGCGUUUGCACUGCCAGCGAAUCUUGAUUUGCCUUUUUUUUUCUCUUUUUCCCUCCUUUCUCCUACUGGCAUUUAUGUCCAAAUACCCGACGAAGCGACCAAGAGAAAGACUGCGCGGAAGCUUGAGAGGGAGGAAAGGGCAGAGAAAAAGGAGAUGAGCAAAUAGAUGCUGUGAUCUCUGCAACUUACAUGGUAAACGUGGUGCUUGGGGGCUCUUGGAGUCUUGAGAGAAGAAAAAAACCCCAGCGAUUCUCGACUACCAGCUGCUGCAAGAGAGGAGAUUGUAGUCAAACGUAUAUGAGGGCGAGGCAACACGCGCGCGAACCACCAAAGGAACGUGAAUAUUCGAAGAACACGGGGAGGGGGUUUGAGUAUGACGGCGUUGACGAGGAUCCCGAGGGCGCAAAGCUCGACAGGAGGAGAAGAAGGAGAAGAAGAAUGAAGAAUGGAAAACAAACAAUCGAAUUAGAGAGAGCGAGGGAGAAGUAGAGAGAGCGUGGGGGGGGUUGCGAUGCCUCGAGGAGCUCGAACCGGAUUCUGGCGAUGGUUGUGGUUUCUGGCAA